AUGACUACUGCAGAUACAACAUCAACUGCUGAUACAACUACAGCAGAUACUACUGCAGAUACAACAACUGCUGCUACAACUGCAGAUACAACAACUGCUGCUACAACUGCAGAUACAACAACUGCUGCUACAACAACAGCAGAUACAACUACAGCAGAUACUACAGCAGAUACAACAACUGCUGCUACAACAACAGCAGAUACAACUGCGGCAGAUACCACUGCAGAUACAACAACGAUUACUGUUACAACAACGGCAGAUACAACAACGACUGCUGAUACAUCUACUGGAGAUACAACGACUGCAGAUACACCACUGCAGAUACAACACUGCAGAUACGACUACUAUACAACAACGAUUGCUGUUACAACAACUGCAGAUACAACGACUGCAGAUACAACAAUUGCAGAUACAACCACUGCAGGUACAACUACUGUAGAUACUACGACUGCAGAUACAACCACAAUAGAUACAACUACUGCAGUCACAUCAACGGCUGUAGAUACAACGACGGCCGAAAACAACGACUACGGCCAUCACAACUACAACCAUACCUACCACCACUAUUGCCUUCAACGUAACUGCAAGGCUUCUAGAGCUCGCAACCAUCGACCCUUCCCUGGGGGCUCUGGAAGCGGCCCUGGACGAGGCCAGCGACAGACUCGGCACCAUCGACAGCACCGGCCGAAGGAGAGUUCGGAGGCAAGCCGCUGGCGAGCCAGCAACCAGUACAACCGAUGCCACCACAACUGA